AUCGGGAAGCGUUCCCUCCAUUCCACCACACAACGGCCGCUGCGAGCUCCGGCUUACCUCCUCCUCCACGCCCUAACCCUAAGCCCCUGAUCGCCGGCGAUGAGCAGCCUCCGAGCAAUCUCCAUCCUCCUCCACACCUACUACUGCUCCUCCGCCGGCCGAGGCGCUAGGCGGCUUUGGUUCGCGCCGCCGCUCGGCGGGAGCUUCCGCGCCCCGUCCAAGGCGCCGCCCGCGUUCGUGCUCGACGAGGUCGCGAGGGCGGCUGGGGGCGCGCGGAAGAGGGCGGCGUCCACGCGCGCCACCGCGAGCUGGGAUUCCGAGAAGUCCCCGUACGAGACGCUCGAGCUGGACAGGGAUGCCGACGAGGAUACCAUAAAGACAUCAUACAGGAGAUUGGCCAAGUUCUAUCACCCUGAUGUUUAUGAUGGUAAGGGAACCCUCGAGGAAGGAGAGACUGCUGAAGCCCGUUUCAUCAAAAUCCAAGCUGCAUAUGAGCUGCUGAUUGAUGAUGAAAGGAGAAAGGCAUAUGAUAAAGAGCAUUUUGUGAAUCCACUGAAGGCUUCUCAGGCAUGGAUGGAGUGGGUGAUGAAAAAACGAAAAGCUUUUGAUAAACGCGGCGACAUGGCGGUAGCUGCUUGGGCAGAGCAACAACAGCGAGAAUUGACACUACGUGCGCGCCGUCUCUCUCGGUCAAAGGUUGAUCCGGAGGAGGAAAGGAGGUUACUUGCCAAGGAAAGGAAGGCAUCCAUGGAAUUCUACAGCACAACUCUAAAAAGACAUACCCUUGUCCUACGGAAGCGGGACCUUAUGCGGAAGAAAGCAGAGGAAGACAGGAAAGAUGAGAUCAGUAGACUUCUAGCUGCUGAGGGGCUUGAGUUAGAUACAGACGAAGAUGAUAACAAAACUUUCCUGAAGUAAUUCCAUCCAGUAUUUACACACCAUUUUAUCCACCCCAUCACAGAUAUCCUGGAAGGUAUUGUUCAAAUUCCAUCACAAUGAAGUAUAUAAAGGCAAGAAAAAAUCGGCCUCACUGGAAAUGCUGAGUUACACUGGUACUUCUUGGAUCAGGAAGAAACCCCCUUGGUGCAAUUGUAGGAUUAUCCCAUGGAGCUUAAAGAAAACAAAGUGAAGUGAUCCAUCAGUACUGGAUUGCUGCAGCCUUAUAGUGUGAUUCAACCCAAAAAAACGUAGGUGGAUAAGACUUGCAAGAGAUUGACUAUCCGAUAUGUAUACUUGUUACAUGCAAGAUGUAAUUAUGUUAGGGUGGCCUUGGGUCGCUGUUUGGGCUAGAGCAAAUUUAGUGCUAGCUGGGUCCUGUGUAAAUAUUCUGCAGAAGGCAGAAGCAGCAGUCAUGUUUGUGUUUUAGUAAGCAGGAAUACUGCAGUUUCAGUAUGCAUAUUCUUGUGUCCGCCAUCUACAUAAUGUUUCAUGCCUAUUAUAUGCAUACCUAUUGUAUGUUCAAAUAUGAACAUAACCUUAAAUGAUGGUUACAAGAUCA